AUGAAACCUGAAAAUCAUAUUAAAGAAAAUGACGAUAAGAUAGACAUAAACAAUGUAGAAGAUAAAUGUAAGUUCCACGAGUGCAAGAUUUAUACAGGAUGGCAACAUGAGUGGAUUUCGCCUAAACGAUUAAACCGUAUUCAUCCGAUUAAAAUACGUGAGGUGGUACGUGGUCCGUUUUAUUCACCGAAAUUAUUAAAGAUAUCACCCUUGGUUAGUAUUUCCUCUUGUGAGGGUAGCUGCAAUACGACGAGAUAUAGGAAAACUUACGGAGGUAUUCCAGAUCCUUGGAAGGAAUGUUUAGCGAUAAGAGGAUAUUGCAGUAAAGAAAAAUAUGAUCAGAUAUUAAAAAGUUCUUGCGUAUCGCGUUGCAUGAGAUUUUGGAUAACAGAAACAGUUUGGAAAAAAAUGGGUUUACCUUUCAUACAAGGAAUCCCAGAUCCAAAUAAGGAUUCUUCUGAUAUCCAAAUAUCAAAGAGUCCAUCGAAACAAGAAAAAGAUCUCAAGUCUGAAGAUUCUAAACCUUUAUUAAAUUCCUUGGAAAAAACUGUCGUGGAAAAGAAUUCCAUUCCCUCUAAUGCAAUACCACCUUCGAAUUUGAUUGAUACGAGUGAACAAGAAACUACAGAAAAUGAAAAAUUGAAACAGCCCGAAGAGCAUGAUGAAGAAGUCCCUGAUACGGAAAAUCAUAAAAAUCAUUCUAAGAAGAAUUCAUUAGUGAAAAAAUUAGACGGCAAUAACUACGUGAAUUCCAAAUACGAAUUAAUAUCUUGCAAAUACAACAAUAUUAGUAAACCCAAGGAGACAAAGUUUAUUCAAGUACAUUAUCCCUCGUCCUUGAACGUCGGCACGCAAACUUCCCUAGAGAGAUUACAUCGGGUAGCGUGUCAACAUUCUUCUUUUCAGACGUUUUUGAAAAUUGCCAGAAAAGCUAUAUUGCCACGGAAAAUGUACAAAAACCUUAAAGAAAAAUGGGCUCGUAAAAGAUGUCGACCUGUGUUACAACAUCAAAGUCGAUAUUUUCCGAGUCGCGUGGCAUCCUGUCAUUGUAUGCAAGUUACGAAGAAAGAUCUUCCAAACAAAAUCACGAGAAAACCGUCUGAUAAAUCGACAAGCGAUCAUAUCGGUAACAAUUACUGUUCGCAUUGCAAAACGUAUAUUUUAAAAUCGAAGACAUCCGAUUACCGUUCUUGCGGAUUGAUACGUGAUCGUAAUGGGAAAAAAACGCGAGAAGAUACAAGUCUUACGUCGUACAAAUGUUUUCGAGAAAAAAUUCAAAAGCCUCUACGAGAAAAUGUUACGACCCAAACGGAAUUGAUGACGCAAAGAAUGAAUGGAAACGAUUUGAGACUAAUAUGUUCUCGUUGCAAUUAUCCUUAUUUCAAAGCAGAAAUGGGAAAUGCAAUGGACACACCGACGGAUCGUAUGAUCGAACAUAGAAUUUUUAAGUGCGUUAGUAACACGUACGAUGAUGCGAAUCAUCAUUUUCAAGGUAAAUUCGAGGAUGAAAAUAAAUCAAAGGUACCAGUCUUGAGAUUGAUUUCGAAACAGGACGGCUCGAAUUUCAAUGAUUUGAUGAAAUACGAACACGUCAAAGAUAUAAAGAAAAAUGAUCAAAAGAAAAUAAGAGAGAAUAACAAAGAAACGAAUUCUAGGACGGAGAGAAAUCGAAAAACUUAUGACCAAAACGAUCAUACCAAAGAGAAAAAUUUAAACUUUUCCACGGGAACUCAAGAACCUAUGAUAUUGGAUAAUGAUGUUAAUGCAAAUAUUUCUGAACGAUCAAAAAAUGCUAAUUGUACGAAAGCUACGUCAGUAAGGUCAAGUAACUGUUUAGAUCGUCUUAACGAAACUUUAACGACGCCGAAUAAAAAUAAAAUUAGCAGUAUAAAUAAAUUUCAAAUCACUUCCGCGGAUCAAAAUUUCUAUGAUAAAUUCCCAGUUUUGACCGGAGAUCACGAGAAAAAUACGUAUUCAAAGAUGAAUAGUAGAAAAAUAAAAGAUAAACAGGAAGAGAUAUUGAGCCACCGGAAAGACGGCGAUGUCAUUUCUUCUACAAUUAAACAUGGACCUAACAGGAGUAAAAAAUCUAAUAAUUUAAUCGAUUAUACGAAAUCACCCAAGGAACGAUCUAGGACUGAAUCAAAGACAAAAUCUAAGCCUAAACCUAAAUCAAGUUCUAAGCUUAAAAUUAAAUCUAAAGUAAAAUCUGUCCAUAAUAAAUCUAACCUCAAUAUGAAUAAGAAAUAUAACGAUAAAUCUAAUAAAUCAAAAUCUAUAUCUAAAUUCAAAUCUGGAUCUAAGCCUGUAUCGAAAUCUAGAUCGAAGUCCACGUCGAAAUCCAGAUUUAAAUCCGAACCCGAUUCUACAUCUAAAAACAUACAAGCGGGAUCCAAAGUAUGUUCGUUCAAAAAUUUGAAAAAUUCAAAUGAUAUUCGAGAACGUGAAGAUCUACAUGAGAACAAACGUAAUUGCAUGACUGAAAGAUCGUACAAUCGUUACCGAGAAGAGUCUACGAGAUAUAAAGACUGCAAUCCGAUUUCUAAUACUUCGAUUGAACGAAAUGAAUUUACAAAAUCAUCGCCCUUACGUGACAAAUCUCAAGUGAUAUGUCAAAAAGAAGUAUUCACGGAGUGUGAUUCGUGCGUUGAAAACGAUAAUAAUCUCAUCGAUGAUAUGAUAUCAUAUUCGCCAAUGAACGACGUCAAUGUGAAAAAAAAGAUAAAUGAAAAUGUAGACAAUAAAAGCACCAGUAUGACCGGAUUUAAUUUUGAUCCUGGUCCAUGCAUAAAGAGAGAAACUUAUAAUAAGAUAAUCGAUUCGAGUGGCUCGAUAUAUUCAUCGAUGCAAAAUUUGUACCGAAAUAAUGAAAAUAGUAAUCGAACAUAUUCUUCCAAGAAAAAUUGUUGGCUUAGUAAAAGCGAUAAUUUAGCAUUCAGUCAAUGA